AUGUUGGAAGGCUUGGUCGCAAACCUUCUCAACCGCUUUUUGGGCAUGUACGUCAAGAAUUUCGACCCAAAACAGCUCAAUGUCGGCAUAUGGUCGGGAGAUGUGAAACUUCGAAACCUAGAGUUGAGGCGAGAGGCUCUCGACCAGCUUCAUCUCCCUAUCAAUGUUGUAGAGGGUCGCCUUGGGGAACUCACACUAUCUAUCCCCUGGUCAAAUCUGAGGGGCAAGCCUGUCAAAGUCAACAUCGAGGAUGUAUUUCUUCUGGCUGCGCCAAAGGAAGGUGAUGAGUAUGAUGCUGAUGAGGAAGAGAAGCGUGCUGUUGCUGUAAAGUUGGAGAAACUUGAGAGCGCCGAGCUCUUGAAGGAACAGAACACCGAGAGCAUGAGUCCCGAAGAGCAGCAGAAAAACCAGAGUUUCACUCAAAGCUUGGUCACCGCUAUUGUCGACAACCUUCAGGUCAGCAUAAAAAAUGUUCACGUUCGGUAUGAAGACUCAAUCGCCACUCCCGGCCAUCCUUUCGCAGUUGGUCUCACUCUAAAGGAGAUGAGCGCUGUGAGCACGGAUGCUGAAUGGCGCCCAACUUUCAUUCAGUCCACCUCAGGUACGACACAUAAGCUGGCAGUCCUCAACUCAUUAGCAGUCUACUGGAAUAGUGAUGCAGAAUUGUUUGGCACGGGCAAGGGUGGAGAUGUUGGAGCCGAGGCACAGGAGAUCGAUAAGGACGACCUGAUAAGGAAAUUCAAAGAGGGCAUCGAGGAGACCGAUGGUUUUCAAUAUCUCCUUAAGCCAGUCAGUGGCCGAGCCGGUAUCGAAUUGGACAAGUCUGGCAAGACCGAAGUACCCAAGGUGAAAGCACGACUGCUAUUCCAAGAACUUGGUUUCAUCCUUGAUGAAGAUCAAUAUCGAGAUGCUUUGAUGCUCGUGGACCUUAUGCACUAUUUUGUGCGACAUCAAGAAUACAAGAAGGAUCAACCCGAAAAAUCUCCCAAAGAAGAUCCUAAAGCCUGGCUCAAAUUUGCCGGAAAUGCCGUUCUCACCAAGAUUCAUGACCGCAAUCGAAGGUGGACCUGGGACUACUUCAAAGAACGCAGAGACAAUCGUUUGAAGUAUAUCGAGCUGUUCAAAAAGAAAAAGAAAGAACAGAAAUUGACAGAGGAAGAGACCAAAGACUUGACUGACCUCGAAUUCAAACUGAGUUACGAAGAUCUGCGCUUCUGGAGGUCGCUCGCUCGAAGCCAACUCCGGAAAGAAAACAUCAACGCCCCUAAACCCGCACAGAAACAAACCUGGUCUUCCUGGAUAUGGGGUUCGAAAGAACAGCAAAGCCAAGGGGAGAAUGAGGACGCGGGAAUGACAGAACAGCAACGCAAAGAGCUAUAUGACGCCAUUGAUUGGGACGAGAAGAAGGCAAUCACAGAUAGUGUUGAUCUCCCCCGAGAAACCAUCAAAUUGCAGGUCGAAUCAAGCCUGAGAACUGGAAGCUUUACACUCAAACGUGAUCCACACGGAGAGGCGAAUGAGAUCCUGAAGCUGGUUUUCGACAACUUCAAAGCCAAGGCUCUUCAGCGUCCCGACUCGUUCCUUGCUGACCUCGCCCUCGGAGGAUUUCGUGUCUAUGACGGGACGACGGAAGGGAGUCUCUUCCCACAGAUCGUCAAGGUCAAGGGUGUCGAAGAACAAUCAAAAGACGACGUCAAAGAGGAUACCAGCACUCUCGAGCAACAGAGCAAAGAGAGUUCGGAAGAACAAGAUGCCACAGAGAAACAAGAAGACAAUGACAGCCUGUUCCAUCUGCUAUUCGAAAAUAAACCACUGGACGAAAGUGCGGAUACCAAAGUCUUCCUAAAACUGAAGAGUCUUGAAUUCAUCCACAAUCCAAAGUUUGUUGUCGAAAUAGCAAAGUUCUUCAAACCACCAGAGCGACAAAUGGAGUCAAUUGGUGCAUUGCUGCAGACAGCGGGCGCCACCGUUGAGGAGAUCAGACAGCAGACCAGAGCCGGUCUGGAGUUUGCACUGGAGGAGCACAAAACCAUAAACGCCAAUUUUGAUAUUCAGGCUCCUAUAUUCAUCAUACCCGAGAGUAUCACAGAGGAGAGCACACUGUGUCUGAUACUGGACGCUGGUCAUGUCAGCCUGAAUAGCGAACUUGUGGAUAAGGAUACAAUGCGGGAUAUUCAUUCCAAACAAAAGCAACAAUAUACCGAGGAGGAUUUCAAACAGCUCGAAGGUCUCAUGUACGACAAAUUCCACUUGAAACUUGAUUCAACGCAAGUCUUGAUUGGACCUGGGAUUGCAGCCACAAGGUCCCAGCUAGAAGAUCCUGAUGAUGCGAAGAAUAUGCACAUCAUCGACCGCAUUAAUAUGGAUUUCCUGAUCGAGAGCUCGAUCAUACCAAAGGCUCCAGAUAUCACCAAGAUGCGCAUUUCCGGUUCGAUGCCCGUCUUGCAUGCCUCUAUCUCGGAUAGGAAAUAUAAGAACAUCAUGAGGUUGAUUGAUGUUGCAAUCCCGAAAUUUGACACGGCUCCGACCAAAUCGGAUGGAGCAGAACAUGAAGCUGUACCGUCAAGACCAGCCGAAGACUCCAAAUCAAAGAGAAAGUCGGUUGUCUUGCUUGAAUCCAAGGACAAACCAGUUAUUGACCAUGAUUCUGAUUCUGAAGAGUCCAAGGAGAAGAAGCCCGAGAAGAAAGAACAAGAAAAGCCAGCCAACAUUCAUCAACGCAAUUUCGAGAUCAACUUCACCGUCGAAAAGCUCCAGGCAUCACUGUACAAAGCCGACCCUGAAGAGAAAAAGCCUGAUCAGCUGCUGGCAGAGCUUGUGGCAGAGCACUUCUCCUUCAAUUUUUAUCUGCGUCCCUACGACAUGGCUGCAGAGGUCAUUUUACGCUCCUUGACUGUGGAUGACCAUAUUGAAGACGACCCGCUGCCAGAGUUCAAGCAGAUCAUCUCUUCCAAAGGUUUUAAGGCCGAAGAAGAGAAAGAUCUUUUCAAUAUCAAGUUCGUCAAGGUCAAUCCGGAAUCUCCUGAAUUCAAAUCUACAUAUGAAGGAAUUGCAACCAAUCUCGAUGUCGCAGUAUCCACAAUAAACGUUAUUGUUACCAGAAAGACGCUUUUGACGCUUCUUGAUUUCGUCCUCACCACAUUCGCUGGACCUGGGGACAAGCCGCCGGACCAAGACGUCAAACGUAUCGAAGAAACUAAUGACGACGAGAAUACUGUUGAUGCAGCGCCCCAGGCACAGCAGCAACCCGAAAAGCUCAGAAUUAAAGCUGAGCUGAAAAGUAUAGCGCUCAUCCUCAACAAUGAUGGUGUAAGACUUGCGACUCUGUCACUAAACUCAGGUGAUGUGGGCAUAUUCCUAAACGCUGGUACUAUGCAGAUCAAGGCACGACUGGGCAGUUUAUCACUAGUCGAUGAUAUCAAUCAAGGCGCCCCAGAAGAUUCAUCAUUGCGUCGGUUGAUUGCCAUCGAAGGAGACGACCUUGCUGAUUUCAAGUAUCAAACUUACGAUGCAAGUCGCAAGGAUUACCCGGGAUAUGACUCGGGCAUAUUCUUACGUUCAGGUUCCAUCAAAGUGAACUUUUUGGAAGAACCUUUCCGUAAGAUCAUGGAGUUUGGCGUCAAGUUCGGGAAAAUGCAGGCUAUAUUCAACGCUGCAAGGCAAGCUGCUGCCAACCAAGCCACACAAGUCCAACAAAGUGCCCAGAAGAUGCAUUUCGAUGUUGUCAUCAAGACUCCCAUUGUUGUUUUCCCGAGAGCCAUGGUCGACAACCGACCUCGAGAUCUUUUGACAGCCUAUCUUGGAGAGAUUUAUGCAAAUAACAAAUUUGUUGGCAUCAAGGGACAGAAAGAUGGACCUGUCAUCAACAAACUCUCGGCUGGUAUACGCAACAUCCGCUUGACCACCGAAUUUCAUUAUGAUGACAACCAGUCGCAGGAACUGGAGAUGAUCGACAAAGUUGAUCUGGAUUUCAAGAUUAGGUAUUUGGAACAUCAGGCCGGUCUUGAUAGGCCAGAUCUGGAGAUCGAUGGAUCCAUGUCGCCUAUCAACCUACGAAUAUCCCAAACACAAUUCAAGUUUUUGAUGGAGCUCUCAAAAACAAUCCCUGCUGCCUUUGCAACUGAACAAGACCCUGAUGAUGAGAUUGCCGAAGAACUACCAGACUCAACUGUCGCUCCAGCAAAAGCAAUUCAGAAGGACGGCAAUGAUUCGAAUGUAGGUACCAAACCUUCAUUCCAAGCACCAGAACUUGGCUCUACAGACGAAACUUGGACGAAGCUGAACCUCGUCUUCAAAGCUCAGAUGAUAGGGCUUGAACUCAUCCUAGCAGCAGAUGAUGUGCCUAUUGAGAAUUUUGAAGCUGCCAGCGUGUCGAAAUUUUCCUUGAACGAGACUAAUGUCAAACUGCGCAUGCUCAGCGACGGAGCACUUGAAUCAGAACUUCUCGUUCAUUCAUUCACUAUCCGCGAUAGUCGAUCCAAGGAAACCAACAAAUUCAGAAAGAUAAUGUCGCUGAUUAACAGCGAUGUUAAACAGCAAUUCAUGGCAAGCGUGUCAAUAUCCGGAGGCGCCGAUAAGCACAUGAUUCUCAUGCUUACAAUUGACAGUCCGAGGAUCAUUGUUGCACUUGACUAUCUCUUUUCUCUUCAAGCAUUUGCCAACACCGCCUUCGCGACUAACGAGCCUCCGCCAAUCGCCGAGAUUGAGGACGUAUCGGAAGACGACUUGCUUAGUCCCGUCGAAGACCGUAGUCAAUCAGAGGAAGAGACUAGCAGCGAGAGUGAAAGCUCUGGCAUGAGUAUAUCCUUUCGUAUUAAUAUCGUGGAUGCUCAAAUCAUUCUUAUUGCAAACCCAACGAUCUCGAACACUGAAGCUAUUGUAUUGGGCACAAAAGAAGUCCUGGUGUCUCGUCAAAACGCCACAACCCUCCAAAUUACCAAGGUGGGCAUGUUUCUAUGCCGGAUGGAUAAAUUUGAGACGAGUCGUCUUCGAAUCUUGGAUGAUUUCAGUGUACAAAUGUCCAUGGAUAGCCGAGGUCAGGGCAAGGAAUCUUCCUUGACUUCAAUACAUGUGGGUAUCGAACCGCUUGUCUUGCGAUUGUCAUUGCGUGAUAUUCUGCUCGCGAUGCAAAUUAUGAGCAAGGCUUCCUCCACUAUGCCCCAAGGAAAGAUAGAAGAAGAUACUGAGCCAAAGAAGAUUAAGGAUGUGAAAGCAACUUCCAAGGCUCCAUCUUCAAGACGAAGAUCAGCUGGUGGCGCUACAGGCACUUCGACAAAGAAAUCCAAACGCUCGAAGUCAAUAUCGAAACCUCAAUCGAAGCCAGCAGCCAAAAAGUCCAUUGUCAUGAGUAGGGAAGAGCUUGUUGCUCAGAUUGACGGCAUACGAGUUAUUCUGAUUGGAGACCGGCACGAACUUCCAUUACUCGAUUGGAGUGUUAAGAAGUUCGAUGUUGAUGUACGAGAUUGGUCAGGAGCGAUGACUGCUGACACCAAAUUCGACACGUUCCUCAACGUCUACAACUUUUCCAAAUCGGCAUGGGAACCUUUGAUUGAGCCUUGGAAGCUCGGUUUCCACAUGUCGAAGCAGGUACAACCGGAGGUGUUAUCGAUGGAAGUCUAUUCGCACAAGAACAUGGAACUCACAAUUACUUCCGCAACCAUCGCAUUAGCAUCGAAAUCCUUUGACUUCUUGUCCACAGAUGAGGAUAUACUGUCAAAACCUCGUGUGGCAGAUGCCCCCUAUCGAAUUCGCAACUACACUGGCUUCGACUUGAGCGUUUGGGCCGAUGAAAAGAGCGACAACGCAAACGCUGCAAAGUUGACUGAUGGCGAAGAAUAUCCCUGGCGAUUCGAGGAUGCUACCUCCAUGCGCGAACAUCUCACUCCAGAAGGUAAUGCCGGCUUAGUAGGUGUCAAGCUUGAAGGUAGCGGAUUUGAUAGUGUCAGCCGCAUCCCCGUCAUCCGCGAAGGUGAAACUCUUUACAAUCUGAAGCCACGCAAAGACAACGUGCAACACCGAAUGCUUGUGGAGGUCAAACUUGGCUCGGACAAUGUCAAAUAUAUCACAUUCCGCUCCCCACUUCUCGUUGAGAACAAGACACAAAUUCCGAUCGAAGUCGGUGUUUACAGUCCCGAGGAUGGUCACCUCUUGAAGAUUGAGAAAGUCCCCCCAGGCGAAGGUAAACCCGCACCAGUCGGUGCUGCUUUUGUCCAUUCACUUGUCAUUCGCCCCGACCAAGGUUUCGGCUAUGGUUGGUCAAAUGAGCGCUUGUUCUGGAAGGACCUUCUUAAGAGAUCCACAAGAACGAUCACUUGUCAAUCAGAAAGUAAGGACAACUCGCCACCAUUCUAUUUUCAGAUGCAUGCAGCCUACAACGAGAAAGAUCCCAUGACGAAGAUUUAUCCUUUUAUGCGGAUACAAAUUUCUGCUCCCGUAGAGGUGCAGAACCUUCUGCCAUACGAUUUCAAGUAUCGCAUCUAUGACAAAAACACCAAGAAGGAUUGGACAAAUUUCCUCAGAAAAGGAGGCGUCAGCCCAGUACAUGUCGUCGAACUCUCUCACCUCUUGCUCCUCAGUGUUGACAUAGAGGAUACUCCGUUGAAGCAGAGCGAUUUUGCGAUCAUCAACAGCAAUACUCAAGAAGAUUUCCGCCGUGAGAAGCAUUUGAGUCUGAAGGACGAAUAUGGAACCCAACUGAGGUUAAAACUUCACUACACUAAUAUCAAAGAUAGUGGUGGUGCCUUCAGAGUUUCCAUAUAUAGUCCAUAUGUGCUCCUGAACAAGACUGGGCUUGACAUGGAAGUCCAGAGCAAAGCCUUCUUCGGAUCAUCGAAAUCUUCAGCUUCUCAAGGGAAUCGUUCUAGCUCAGGAAAUGGCAAAGCUCUACCCAUGCUGUACUCCUACGGCACAGAUGACCGUAAGAAUCGAUCGUUGCUCAAGAUUGGCGAUUCCACUUGGAGUAAGCCACAAAGUUUCGAUGCCAUCGGAAGUUCGUAUGAAGUUGUCCUACCAUCCGCAAAUGGACGUACCGAACUUCAUGUCGGUGUCUCCGUGUCGGAAGGAGAAGGUAAAUACAACUUGACCAAGGUUGUCGCAAUUGCUCCAAGAUUCGUGCUCAAGAACAAGAUUGGAGAAGCAGUCGAGCUUCGUGAGCCUGGUUCAUCAGAAGUGAUCAAGGUGAAAACCAAUGAAUUGCUGCCUGUCUACUUCAUGCGCCAAAGUCCCGAAAAACAGCUGUGUCUCUGUUUCCCAGGGGUAGACAACCAAUGGUCAUCACCUUUCAACCUUGCAAAUGUUGGCAUGACCCAUGUCAAACUUGCAAAGCAUGGCCAGAGACAAAAAUUAAUCCGUGUUGAGAUUAUACUUGAAGAUGCAACUCUUUUCCUACAUUUCAGUGUCGAGACCAAGCAUUGGCCCUUCUCAAUGCGUAAUGAGAGUGAUACCGAGUUCUUGUUCUUCCAGGCCAAUCCGAAUAUCGCAGAGGACGAGGAGGAAGAUCGCGGUAGUGGCUGGAAGCCUAUCCGAUAUAAGCUCCCUCCACGAAGUAUCAUGCCAUACGCCUGGGACUAUCCUGCCUCGAAAAACAAAGAACUUGUUCUCACCUCAAGAGGUAGGGAGAGAUACGUCAAGCUUGCAGAAAUAGGGAAUUUGAUUCCCAUCAAGCUACCAGCGACUGAACGGGCUGGGCCCAUGAAGGUAAUUGACGUCAACAUAGUUGCAGAUGGUCCCACCCAAACAUUAGUCCUCUCCAACUACAAGCCUUCAAAGUCACUCUACCGCCAAAGGACAGGUGCGACGACUGCAUCACAGACAAGUCUAAACCAGGGAUUCGAGGUGAAGCAAGUUGAGUCAGAAGUUAAUUUCAAGGCUGAGCUUCGACUUGCUGGCAUUGGAAUCUCCCUUGUCAACACUAAGAUGAAAGAAUUGCUAUAUUUGACCUUCCGAGAGAUCGACCUCAAAUACGGAGAUUCCAAACUCUACCAGACAAUUGGUGCUACCAUUAAAUGGAUACAAAUCGACAACCAAUUGUAUGGAGGCAUAUUUCCGAUACUCCUCUAUCCCAGCGUUGUUCCAAAGACUGGCAAAGAAAUGGAAGCUCAUCCUAUUUUCCACAGUGCGGUUACAAGGGUCAAGGACGAUUCAUAUGGUGUUCUUUAUAUCAAAUACGCCACUCUUCUGCUUCAACAAAUCACUGUUGAAUUGGAUGAAGACUUCAUCUUUGCCAUGCUCGAUUUCAUGAAGGUUCCUGGUGCUUCAUGGUCCGAGGAGAAAGAAGGCAAGCUUUGUGAUGAAGAUCUGGAUGUUCCAGAGCCUACCCUAGAACAACAGGGUCAAGAUGUCUACUUCGAGCUCCUGCAUCUACAACCCAUCCAACUCGAUCUAUCAUUUGUGCGAACUGAACGAAUCAACGCCGAAGAUACUCUGGUGAACAAUCCUUUCAUGUUCUUCGUCAAUGUCAUGACAAUGUCCAUCGGUAAUGUCAAUGAUGCUCCAAUCAAGCUCAAUGCACUUAUGCUUGAAAAUGCACGAAUUUCUAUUCCUGCCCUCAUUGCAAAUAUUCAGAAUCACUACACGCAAGAAGUACUCAGGCAAAUCCAUAUCAUCCUCGGAUCUGCCGACUUUCUUGGCAAUCCUGUCGGCCUCUUCAACAACAUCAGCUCUGGUGUUGCCGACAUCUUCUACGAACCUUACCAAGGCCUGGUCAUGACUGAUCGACCUCAAGAACUAGGUAUUGGUAUCGCCAAGGGAGCUAGCAGCUUCGUCAAGAAAUCAGUGUUCGGAUUCAGUGACAGCAUGGCCAAAUUCACGGGUUCCAUGUCCAAGGGUCUUGCAGCAGCAACCAUGGACAAGGAAUUCCAAGAUCAGAGGCGGAUGUCGAAGAGUCGCAAUCGGCCGAAGCAUGCACUGUACGGUGUCACAUCCGGAGGAAAUGCUUUCGCUUCAAGCGUGGCUAGUGGUAUUGGUGGACUUGCAAGGCAUCCCCUCGAGGGUGCUGAAAAAGAAGGAGCCUUUGGUUUCGUCAAGGGUGUUGGAAAGGGCGUUCUCGGCCUUGCCACAAAGCCUGCCAUCGGUGCCUUUGAUUUGGCAUCCAAUGUGGCCGAAGGUGUGCGCAACACAACGACUGUCUUCGACGCCGAAGGUCUCGACCGUGUACGUCUCACUCGUUUCAUCGGCAUGGAUGGCAUAGUUCGGCCAUAUUCCCAACGCGAAGCACUAGGCCAAUUCUGGCUCAAGACCAGUGACGAUGGCAAAUUCUUCAACGAGGAGUACAUUGCUCACCUAGAACUUGAGGGAAGAGAUAUGUUGGUCAUGAUCACCUACGAUCGGAUUCUGAUGAUCCGCACGAAGAAGCUGAGGAUGGAGUGGGACGUCAAGUUGACCGAUGUGCAGACUAUCAGCAAGGAACGCACGGGCAUGAGUUUUGGUUUGAAGGGCGGCGCUAAUGGGCCUUUCAUCCCUGUUGCAGAUGAAGGGAGUCGGAAUUGGCUGUACAAGCAGAUUGCUAUUGCUGUGAAUGCGUUCAACGACAAAUAUAAUGCCAAGGGUUGA